GGGGCGGGGCUGGGCCGGGGCAGGCGACGGCGAUGGCGACGGAGGGGCUGCCGGCUGCGGCGGAGAGGCUGGGUCGCGCCGUGAGGGCGACGCCGGUGGAGCGACUGGAAAGCGUGCGAACCAUGGCCGGCCUGUUCCGGGAAGCGCAGCUCAGAGCAAUGGCAGAAGAAGGUAUAUUCCAGAAUCUCCUGGAAAUCCUGAUGGGAGCCUCAAAUGAAGUUGAGCUGGCCUACAAGGACUCCUGUGAGCUGGUAGAUCUAGACACCUGCCUGCUGCUCAUAGCAGAGUGUUUCAGAUGUCUGAGGAACGCCUGUGUUGAAUGUGCCAAGAACCAGCAUGUCAUGAGGCAGUUGGGUCUCAUCUCUACAUCCGUCCAUUUGAUCAAAUUGCUUCAUAGUAUACAAAUCAAAGAAGAAUUGUUAUUGACUGCUCUUCGUUGUAGCCUCCAGUUUCUUGGAAACAUUGCCGCAGGAAACGGAGAUUCCCAGAAUAGCAUUUGGAAGUGUGCUUUCCCAGAUCUCUUCUUGACAUGCCUAACGUACAGUGAUGAGAAAAUUGUUGCCUAUUGUUGUAUGGUCCUUUUCACCUGCCUUAACUCAGAAAAAGUGAGAGAACUAUUGGAUCCUGGAAACUUGACUGUGGCUCUUCUUGUCCUGAAAGUCUACAAAGAGCAGUUGGAGUCUGAGUGGUCGUUCUUGAUUGUUACAGACCAUUUGCUGAAAUGUCCAGAGCUGGUAAAAGCCCUCUAUGCCAAACUGAGCAAUCAAGAAAGAGUUACUUUGUUAGAGCUGAUAAUGGAGAAAGUAAAUGAGAAGAACCCAGUUACCAGUGAAGAAAGUGAUGUGUUCAUCAGACAUGCUGACUUCCUUGCAGGCUGUUUCCAAGAGAAAUGUGAAGCUGUGCUCAAGUUAACUUCUGCAGCAGAUGCAGAAGAUGAGCAAGCACUGGUAACAAUUCGUCUUCUUGACGUUCUUUGUGAAAUGACAUCAAACAAUGGACAGCUGGAGCAUCUACAGGCUUUGCCUGGUUUGCUUGAAACCGCCAUAGAUACCCUAAGAUUGACACAUCUUGCUGGAAAACAGACUGUCAAUAUUUUUACUGCCACACAUACUAUGACAGGGCAGGAAGAAAUUUCACAUCCAGCUGUGGGUUUUAAAUCUCAUCUCAUUCGUUUGAUUGGAAAUUUGUGCUACAAAAAUAAGGCUAACCAAGACAAGGUCUAUGAGUUAGAUGGCAUCCCCUUGAUCCUGGACAACUGCAGCAUCGAUGACAACAAUCCUUUUGUGAGCCAAUGGGCAGUAUAUGCUAUCCGAAAUCUCACUGAGCAGAAUGAGAGAAACCAAGAACUUAUUGCCCAGAUGGAGGAGAAGGGCCUAGCAGACAACUCUGCCCUCGAGAGUAUGGGUUUAGAGAUUGAGAAAAGAGAUGACAAGUUAAUUCUGAGAUCUGCCAGAAAAAAGCCUUCAUGAACAAAAAUUAAGAACAGUCAAAUCAUUAAAAGAGGAUUUCUCUUUUAAAAUAUUUUUUCCUGCUCAGGUAGUCAAUAUUUCUUCAGCUUUAGUUCCAGUCUGCUGCAACUGUUACAAUCAUUCUCAGAAAAACUGCCAAAUGAUACUUCUGCCUCACUGUUGGAAACAAAAGGACACCUACACAUUUUCUAAAUACCUAGGUAAAUUAAUCUAUGGAAAAAGAUCCUUUUUUUUUCAGGUGGCUGAAAUUUCACUGCUUUCUUGUUUUAUUAGUAGAAAGAUGUCAUGCGUGUAGUACUGAGUUGUUACAAUUUCCAUUGCUGAACCUGGAGAUAACUAUCAUUAAAACUCAACAAAGAAAUAACUGCUUUGCAGUCUGCCUUCUCUGUUUAAAAGACCUGUGCUGAGUCAGAGCUAAACAAUGAGCUACCCGAUUUCAGUCAUGGUCCUUCAAUAUCUGU